AUGGCACUCCCCUUUCAAAAAGAGCUGGAGAAAUACAAGAACAUUGAUGAAGAUGAGCUUCUUGGCAAACUCUCAGAAGAGGAAUUGAAACAGUUGGAAAAUGUUCUAGAUGACCUAGAUCCCGAGAGUGCAAUGUUGCCAGCUGGAUUCCGACAGAAAGACCAGACGCAGAAAGCAGCCACUGGCCCAUUUGAUCGUGAGCAUCUCCUCAUGUACCUGGAGAAGGAGGCUUUGGAACAGAAAGACCGGGAGGACUUUGUGCCCUUCACAGGAGAAAAAAAAGGGAGAGUCUUCAUCCCCAAAGAAAAGCCUGUAGAAACUCGUAAGGAAGAAAAAGUGACCCUUGACCCAGAACUGGAAGAAGCUUUGGCCAGCGCAUCUGACACUGAACUCUAUGAUCUUGCAGCCGUCCUUGGAGUACACAAUUUGCUCAACAAUCCAAAGUUUGAUGAAGAAACAGCCAACAGUAAAGGUGGCAAAGGGCCUGUAAGAAAUGUGGUCAAAGGCGAGAAGGUCAAUCCAAUAUUUGAGGAACCACCUAAUCCCACAAAUGUGGAAGUAAGUCUGCAGCAGAUGAAAGCCAACGAUCCCAGCCUGCAAGAAGUCAACCUCAACAACAUUAAGAACAUUCCAAUUCCAACUCUGAAGGAAUUUGCAAAGGCUCUGGAGACCAACAUUCACAUAAAGAAGUUCAGCCUGGCUGCAACCCGCAGCAGUGACCCUGUGGCCAUUGCUUUUGCAGAUAUGCUGAAAGUAAACAAGACCUUAAAAAGUCUAAACAUAGAAUCCAAUUUUAUCACUGGAAGCGGGAUCCUGGCCCUGGUAGAGGCACUAAAAGAAAAUGACACCUUGACAGAGAUCAAGAUCGACAACCAGAGGCAGCAGUUGGGAACAGCCGUAGAGAUGGAAAUUGCCCAGAUGCUGGAGGAGAAUUCAAGGAUCCUCAAGUUUGGAUACCAGUUUACCAAGCAGGGGCCACGAACAAGGGUGGCAGCUGCCAUCACAAAGAAUAAUGACCUGGUUCGUAAGAAGAGAGUUGAAGGUGACCGAAGGUAAACUUCCACAAGAGGUGAAGUUUCACCCCAGUGGCCGUUUAAAAACACACAAAAACUCUCCUCCUUCCCUAUUGGGACCAUUUUAUCAAAGGUUGUUCAUUUCC